CCCGGGGCCGGAGUGCACGCGCUGCUGUGCGGCGGGGCGGAGGCUGGGCCAAGGCUGGGGACUGACCAGCAGUGGCUACUGGGGGUCCUACGCGGAGCCGUAGCACCUCGAGGUCCUCUGCUGAGGCUAAGAACGCCAUGCCCCUCACUAAGGCUCCUAAGGGCAGUGAACCCUUAUGGGUCAAAUGGGACCAGAAGGCCCAGAAGAAUGGCCUGAGACAUGAGAUUUAUGCUGUCAAUGGUGACACCUACAUUGGAGAAUGGAAAGACAACAAGAAACAUGGAAAAGGAAUCCAGAAAUGGAAAAAGAAUGGAGCCGUCUACCAAGGAGAUUGGAAGUUUGGGAAAAGAGAUGGCUAUGGGACCCUCAGCCUUCCUGACACUGAGAAUAAGUACAAGAAGGUCUAUUCUGGCUGGUGGAAGAACGACAAAAAAUGUGGCUAUGGUAUCUGGUACUAUGGGCCCCAGGAAUACUUUGAAGGAGAGUGGGAGGACGGCCUCCGGAGCGGAUGGGGCCGCAUGUACUAUGCCAAUGGAGACAUCUACGAAGGCCAGUGGCUGCUGGGCAAGAGAGAUGGGGAGGGCAUGCUCCGCCUAAGUAAGUCUCCUCGGGGCUCUGCCCCCCUCCAGUGAGUUCCCUCUCAGAAAUCUGCCUUUGCCCGAUCACGAUCACCCAGUAGAAGUCACAUAAACACACGGGGCUUCCCUUCUGGCAACGUGGCACGUCCCGACCACCCAGAACAUUCAAGCUGGAAGUUGGCUUCAGAGAGCCUUUAGUCAUGGGAUUUAGGAUGCUGAGGGACUGUGGACUCGGACACACCAAGGGCUAUGUGAUCUCACCCUUCAGAGAGGCGGGUCUCCACCCAUCCAUGCCCGCUCCUGCCCAUCCUGGCAGCUUUGGUCCACGUCUCCCAUCCGUUCCCCAUGACACCAAUGGAUUGGAGGACUUCCUUGAGGGCUCGAAGUCUACCAGUGGAGUACUCGUGCAAUCCAUUGGUUAUUCCUUGCUCCUGCUAGCUUUUGUGAACAAGCAGCUCAUCUUUUUUGAACCAUAUCUAUAAAACGUCCUUUAAUAGGGACAGCUAGGUAGCUUUAGUGGAUGGAGAGCAAGGCCUAGAGACAAGAGGUUCUGGGUUCAAAUUU